AAAAAAAAAACUCAAAAUCCCUUCUUUCUCAACCCCCCUUUCUGUCUCUCCAUUUCUCUCUGCAACUCCUCUGUCUUAAAGAAGAAGGAAGAUUCUCUCUCUUUCUCCCUCCUCUCCAUUCCUCUUCCACUGCUCCGCCUCCCAUUUCUUCUCAGGUUGCUUAAUUGAAACAAAUUAAUUGAAAAUUUUCCUGCGACAAUGUAUUUCGCUUUCCACUACAGCGCCAUGUGACUUCACUGACAAAUUCUUUUUCCGCCAUUGCAAUCCCUCUUUACGUUUCCUUCCUCAACCUCCUCGGGUCCUCAUUCGACUCAGCGAGUUGGUUGUGAGUGCGAUAGAAAGAGAGAGAGAGGGGAGGCGAGCGUAGGGAUUUCGGAGCUGCGUAUGGCAUCGUCCUCCCGAACAAGGAGCAGCUCUCCAUUCUCACACCGCAAGCCUGCUCCCAGUCCGUACUCUUCCACUUCCUCGGCCUCGUCGUACAUGAGCAGCAGCAACCGGCUUAUGCCCCGCUCCUGCUCGUCCUCUGCUUCUUCUUACUACAACUCCAUUGGCGGCGGCGGCGGCGGAAGUGGUGGUUACAGCGGCGCCCGAUCCAUGACUCCCAGCCGGUCGCAGUCGGAUUCAAUGUACUUAGGUAGUAGCUCCCGCGGCGGUUAUGGUGGAAGUCGUACCCCGGUUCCGGUUGGUUACGGCUCCGAAGAGCUCUUGGCUGCCGAGUCGCUUGAGGCUCCGAGGAGCGGCGAGAGUAUAUCGGUGACGAUUCGGUUCAGGCCGUUGAGCGAGAGGGAGUUUCAAAGAGGCGAUGAAAUUGCUUGGUACGCCGACGGAGAUAAGAUGGUUAGGAAUGAGUAUAAUCCAGCUUCCGCUUACGCAUUCGAUAAAGUAUUUGGACCGCAUACAAUUACUCAGGACGUGUAUGAUAUAGCUGCAAAACCAGUGGUCAAGAAUGCAAUGGAAGGAAUCAACGGAACCGUCUUUGCCUAUGGUGUUACAAGUAGUGGGAAGACUUUCACUAUGCAUGGAGAUCAAAGUGCUCCUGGAAUUAUACCUUUGGCAAUAAAGGACGUCUUCAGCAUGAUCCAAGAUACACCAGGAAGAGAAUUUUUGCUGCGGGUUUCAUAUCUCGAAAUUUACAAUGAGGUUAUUAACGACUUACUUGAUCCAACGGGCCAAAAUUUGCGUGUUAGAGAAGAUGCACAGGGUACUUAUGUUGAGGGUAUAAAGGAAGAAGUUGUUUUGUCUCCAGGACAUGCAUUGUCUUUCAUUGCUGCCGGAGAAGAACAUCGCCAUGUAGGUUCAAAUAAUUUCAACCUGUUCAGUAGCCGAAGUCACACCAUAUUCACACUGAUGAUCGAAAGCAGUGCUCAUGGAGAUGAGUAUGACGGUGUGGUUUUCUCUCAACUUAAUUUGAUCGAUCUUGCUGGAUCUGAAAGCUCAAAAACUGAAACAACAGGGUUGAGGAGAAAAGAAGGAGCUUACAUCAAUAAAAGUCUUCUUACUCUUGGAACUGUAAUCGGAAAGCUGAGUGAAGGGAGGGCAUCACAUGUUCCUUAUCGAGAUUCCAAGCUCACCCGCCUCUUGCAGUCUUCACUAAGUGGACACGGACAUGUUUCACUUAUUUGUACAGUUACUCCUGCAUCUAGUAACUUGGAGGAAACACACAACACAUUAAAGUUUGCUAGCAGGGCAAAGCGCGUGGAGAUCUAUGCCUCACGUAACAAGAUUAUUGAUGAGAAGUCGCUAAUUAAGAAGUAUCAAAGAGAAAUUUCAACUCUCAAAGAGGAACUUGAUCAAUUAAGAAGUGGGAUGGUCGUUGGUGUGAGUCAUGAGGAGAUUCUGAGCUUAAAACAAAAGUUGGAAGAAGGACAAGUAAAGAUGCAAUCCAGAUUGGAAGAAGAAGAGGAAGCGAAGGCUGCUCUCAUGAGUAGAAUCCAGAGGUUGACCAAGCUAAUUCUGGUCUCUACAAAGAACUCAAUUCCCGGAUUGGGUGAUGUUCCAGCUCAUCACCGGAGUCUCUCAGAUGAUAAACUGGAUGUUCUGCGAGAUGGCACUUUACUCAUGGACAGCGAGAACAAGAACUCUCCAUCUUCAGUGAAUGCAAUGUCCUCGGAUCUAUCUCAUGAAUCCAAGCUUAGAAGAUCAUCCAGCAAGUGGAAUGAAGAGCUUUCUCCUGGCUGCAGUGCAGUUGCUGAAUCAACUGCUGGUGGACUUGUGAGUUCUUCAAUAUUGGCAACAGAACUGACUCAAGAUCAGAUGGACCUUCUAGUUGAACAGGUCAAGAUGCUUGCUGGAGAGAUUGCGCUUGGUACAAGCACUAUGAAGCGCUUAGUGGAGCAAUCUGUGACUGAUCCUGAAAACUCAAAACCUCAAAUCCAGAAUUUGGAACGUGAGAUCCAAGAAAAGAGAAGGCAAAUGAGAGCCUUGGAACAGCGCAUUAUUGAGAGUGGUGAGGCUUCAAUUGCCAAUGGAUCAUUGGUUGACAUGCAGCAGACAGUCAUGCGAUUGAUGACUCAGCAUAAUGAAAAGGCUUUUGAGCUCGAGAUAAAAUCAGCGGACAACCGCAUCCUCCAAGAACAAUUGCAGAAUAAGUGUUUGGAGAACAAGGAAUUGCAAGAGAAGGUGAAUCUUCUUGAGCAGCAUUUGGCAUCACUAUCUGGUGAUAAAUCAUCGCUGCCUUCUAGUCAAUCGGUGCCUGAAGAAUUUGUUGAUGAACUGAAGAAGAAAAUUCAGUCACAGGAGAUUUCAAAUGAAAAGUUAAAGAUACAUCAGGUUCAGCUUUCAGAGGACAACAGUGGGUUACGUGUCCAAAACCAGAAGCUUGCUGAAGAAGCUUCUUAUGCCAAGGAACUUGCAUCUGCUGCCGCAGUGGAGCUAAAAAAUCUGGCUGGUGAAGUUACUAAAUUAUCCUUGCAGAACGCUAAAUUAGAAAAGGAAUUGUUGGCUGCUCGUGAGUCAUUGCAUUCUAGAGGUGCUGCACAAAAUGGUGGAGGACGUAACGGAUUAAGAUCAGGGAGGAAGGGGCGCUUCUCCUCUGGCAGGGGCCCAAAUGAAAUGGCACUGCACUCCGAUGACUUCGAUUCAUGGGAUCUUGAUCCAAAUGAUAUGAGGAUGGAAUUGCAGGCAAGGAAACAGCGAGAGGCAGCUCUUGAGGCUGCCUUAGCUGAGAAGGAAAUCAUAGAACAUGAAUACAGGAAAAGGGCGGAUGAAGCAAGGCGAAGGGAAGAAUCUCUGGAAAAUGACUUGGCAAACAUGUGGGUGCUUGUUGCUAAGCUGAAGAAGGAUGGAGGAAAUGUCCCCGAGUUGAGUACAGAUGAGAGGCCUAUCGACACAGGAAAUCGUUUGGGUGAGCCAGAGCCAAAUGGGUUUGAUGAUGGUUCUGUCCUAAAAGAAAGACAAGUUAUUGAUGAUCCAAAGCCAGCUGAUGAAAUGCCAAAGGAAGAGCCACUAGUUCUUCGUUUGAAGGCACGGAUGCAAGAGAUGAAGGAAAAAGAACUCAAACACAAUGGAAAUGGAGAUGCGAAUUCACAUAUCUGUAAAUGUGUAAAUCCUGCUCCCUUGCUUGUACGGAGUGCCCAAUCUGCCGAACAAAGAUUGCAGAUAGGCUUUUUGCAUUUACUUCUUGAGAACAUUCCUGGCGUUGCCCCUCCAAAUGAAGAUUACUUUGGCACGUCCGUUGGACAGAAAAAUGUGUAUAUACCUGAUGUGCAAGCAUCGGUCGCUUACACGGGAGCCAGCCUUGUCCCAGAAUGUAAAAUUGUACAAUACGAGAAAAACCAAUCCAAAAUGGCCAAACAAUUUUCAUCAUUCUCUAUACCCAUCAUCAUCUUCCUCGUCCUGCUAACUUGGCGUGGUCACAGUCGCCAAAUCUCGAUACAGAAUGAUGAGUCCAUGCUGUCUGAUGGAGUUACUGAUGGCAUUCAUCAUCAGCAGCAGAGCUCUCUAAUCCAGAUGCCUUCUUCAUCUGGCAGCAGCAACGCGGCUGGCUGCCACGAGACGUAUGGGUUCUUGCCCUGUACUCAAACCGUGUUUGGGAACGUUUUCUUGAUUGUUGUUUACGGGUACCUGAUGUUCUUAGCUGCCAAGUUGUUAUCAGCUGGAAGUGAGGUUCUUCUGCAAAUACUCGGUCCGGGAAUCGUUGGUGGUCUCUUCUUGCCAGUGCUUGGCUCUCUCCCUGAUGCUGCUAUUAUACUUGCGUCUGGGCUGUCAGGAAGCAAAUUGGCAGCACAAAGUCAGGUCUCAGUUGGGAUGGGGCUGAUGGCUGGCUCAAACGUAAUGCUUCUCACAGUGCUAUGGGGAUCAUGCUUGAUAGUUGGAAAACUGGACAUUACGGCUUCGACAUCGACAGCUUCAGGAAAUCCUAGAACACUUAGCCUGACAGAAUUAGGAGUUGCUACGGAUAUCUGGACCUGCUAUGGUGCCAGAAUCAUGCUCAUUUCACUCCUGCCAUUCAUAAUCGUCCAGCUUCCACAAGUUUUCAAUGCACAGAAUGGCAAUAAUAUUGCAGUUGUGGUUUCCCUCGUUGUCGCCAUAUGUAUGUUGAUAAGCUACAGCCUCUACCAGGAAGUUCAGUUUCUUACACAAGCUUCAUUGAUUCAACGAGACAGGUUAUUCGCGAUAAUGGAUGAGAACUCAGAUGGGUAUCUAACAGCAAAUGAGCUGAGAGCACUAGUGAUAGGAAUACAGCUCGAGGAACGACACACCGAUAUCGAUGAUGCAGUGUAUCACGUCCUCAAGGAAUUCGACACGUCUCAUGACACGCUCAUUGACAAGGAUGAAUUCACAAAAGGAGUAUCAAAAUGGCUCGAGAAGGCCAAGAAUUCGGCAAUGUAUGGGCAUAGGUCACAGACAUUAAAACUUCUGCUCGACUUUGAAGAGUGCACCAAGAACGAAGAGGGGAUUCUAGGAGGGGGAAACGAGGGUAGCAAUAGUACUCCUCCUGAAAACAUGCUGUGGGACACUGCUAAAGCAGGAUUGAUCUUGCUCUCGGGGACAUUGAUCGCUGCAUUGGUUGCUGAGCCUCUGGUUGAUGCUGUCAACAACUUCUCCACCGCUUCGAGGAUCCCUCCAUUUUUCGUAUCGUUUGUCAUCCUGCCUUUCGCUAGCUCCAGCGAGAUUGUCUCUGUCCUGAUCUUUGCCAGUAAGAAGAACAUGAGAGCUGCAUCCUUAGCAUACUCCGAGAUAUAUGGAUCGGUGACAAUGAGCAACCUUCUAUCACUGUCAGUUUUCCUGGGUCUUGUCUACUAUCGAGACCUCGAGUGGAACUUCUCAGCUCAAGUGCUGAUAAUCCUCGUUGUCUGCAUCACAAUGGGUCUCCUCGCUAGCUUCCGCACCAAGUUCCCUCUUUGGAUGUCCUUGGUGGCUUUCGGAUUGUACCCAGUCUCCCUAUUGCUUGCUUAUGUCCUUGAUUAUGUCGUUGGAUGGGCCUAAAACCUCUGCAUAUACAUGCACUGCAAGGUGCCACUUUCGAUCCCACAAACACUUUGUACAGGAGAAAACUUCCCGACACGUUUCGAUCUGCAGACAUUUGUAUAGUGAAAUCAUCCAUGGAAACUGAAUCCAAUCCAACAAACAACAGACUUGACUGGAAAAAAAAAAAAAAUGAGCAAUACAUCGAUCCUUGGACAUGAGAAAACAAAGAAAAGAACCUCAAGAAAGAGUUGCUACAUGUACACAUUUCUCCCAUGGACAUGGACUUGCGUCCUUCCAAAUGAUCAUUUCUUCCCCUACGCCAUCUCACUUUCCCACGGCUCUGGUCUUGGAAAAAAGGACCGUCACUUUACUUCACUCCCACGCCACAAGCGGCAGUAAAAGAAAAAAAAAAGAUCCAAGACCAGAGACCAAAACAGCAGCAGCAAUCUCCACCGUCCAAAACAGGGCUCAGUUAGUUCCGCAGUAAAUAAGAAAAAAGUCAAACUUCCUCCGUUCACAUGUACGGCGUCGUCCAGACGGGAAAACCGGCCUCGUCGAGAAAGUCGUCCACUUGCCAACCCGGCAGGUUUUCCAUGUACUCCGAGAUGCUACUGCUAGUGGUGGUGGCGGACCCGGCCGUUGCAGUGUCGCCGCUACAGCUCAUCAUGCGGGCGCCGCUGCUCUCAUCCACUGUGCUAUACGACGUAGUGGGAGAACCUCUCUCCCAGUCCAAUUUGUCGCCAUAACAAUUAUCACUGUAACGCGGUACAGCUGGCGCUGGCGGCGGCUGCUUCUGCUGGGACCGGCCCCUUUUCGCACUACAGCUGGCCGCCGUGGUCCCAGCGGUGGGGUCGUACUGAGCUGAAAAGGCGGAGAGCUUGACGCCGGUCAAGAGAAAGCGGUUGUGAUUGCAGGUGAGCUCGUUGGCGGCGUGGAUCGGAAUGUCGCACUCCCGGCACAAAAUCGCCCUGUCUUCCCGGCAGAACAGAAACGCCCUCCUCUCCUGGCAGAUGUCGCAGAGAGGGGAGUCCUUGGAGGAGUUGGGGUGGUGGAGGGAGAAGCGGAGGUGCUUGCCGGCGAGCUUGUUGGCGUGGUGGACGCGGCGGUCGCAGGUGGAGCAGAGGGCGGCCUCGUCGGCGCUGCAGAAGACGCUGGCUUCGGCCUUGUCGCAGACAUCGCACCGGAUCUUCAUUUUCUCGAUCUCUUUCCUACCUUGCCUUUGAAUGUUAGGAUAGGGCAGCGAUAUAAAGGGAGAGCGAGUAGUGAAAUUGAAGGGGAAAGUGACAAAAGAGCAAAGAGGCAGGGGAGAGGAGAGGAGAGGAGGAGUGAUUAUGGGCAAAGGGGGGAAGAAGGUAUGGGCUACUGGAAAAAGGAGAUGGAGAAUUGAGAGAGGAG